AUGGACUAUACCUCCAGCCAGGACCAGAUGUACCUACCUGGCUCUAUCGGAGCCACAUUAGAGGACAAGGACCUGUGGACACGCUUCCACCAGGAAGGCACUGAGAUGAUCAUCACAAAGUCUGGACGGUAAGUGGAUUUGGAUGGGAAAGCUGGGUUUUCAGGGUGUGUACCAGAUAGGUGGGUGAAACCAGGUUUGCGGAUUUCAUAAAUUUUUUUUAAAGUAUUUCUAUCAAGAGCUUUUAAUCAAGAGCAUUUAACACUUAAGUCUUGUAAGCUGCAGAUUUUAGUUUUUUUUUUUUUCUUCUUCUAGAAAACCAAAAUAAAUUGCAACCAAUCUUAUUGCUAACCCCCUAAAAUAAAUAUAUAAUGCAACAGCAUUACUUUAAAUGUUUUUUUAGUGCUCUUAAACUCAUCCACAAAUAAAGAUGUGCAGUGUCCAACAGAGUUAUUCACUAAAAUAAUAAUCCAAAGUGAAUUGAGGACAAAAAAGCUGAACUGGGGAGAAAAAACAAUCCGCUAUGCUUUCAACUUGGCUGCUCUGGUCUUAAAUUUGAAAUUCACUUUGAAGUCUCACAUUAGUGAUCAUGUUAGUUUAGUUGAAAAAGUUGGCUGAUUCUAUUAGAUUUUAGUUAACAAAUACAUUCAUUAAGUUAUUUUUUUUUGUUUGUUUGUUUUUUUUCUGCUUGACAUUCUAAAUAAAAAUAUAUUUUCAAAAGCAUAUGAAAAAUGUAUAUUUUAACUUUUUUUUUUUUUUUAAGGUUUAGUGGGAGCAAAAACUUUACUUUAAAGAUAAUGUAAUGCUUUGUGUCUGGCUUUAGAAGGUCAGUUGUAUUAGAAUGUGUUCCUUUCCCAUCUCUCACUUUCUUUUUCGGUUCCUAGGAGGAUGUUUCCCCAAUGUAAAAUCCGCUUAUUUGGCCUUCAUCCUUACACCAAAUAUGUUGUGUUGGUAGAUUUCGUUCCUCUGGACAGCAUGAGGUAUAAGGUAUGUAUCAUAAUGGAUGCAGACUAAGGUAUCACAAAGUAAAUUCGUUAAAAGAAAAUAGUCUCCAUUGCAAAUAAUGGAGACUUAGUAGCUCGAUUUUCAAUGAUGCCUUUAGCAUUUAAAAAAAAUAAAUAAUUGUUUCCAUUUCCCCACCAUGCUAACUUACUAAUAUUCCUUUUUUUCUUUUUUUUUCUUCUCUGCAGUGGAAUAAAAAUAAGUGGGAGGCAGCAGGGAAGGCUGAACCACACCCUCCGUGCAGGACAUACAUUCAUCCAGACUCUCCAGCCUCCGGCGCUCACUGGAUGAAGGAUGUAAUUGGAUUCCAAAAAUUGAAACUUACUAACAACACCUUGGAUCAGCAAGGCCAUGUGAGUAUCUGGAUAACAAUGUGGCAGGGUUCUGAAGCACUAGGAGUUGUAUUAGAUGUUUAAAGAGACACUUUAGUAUCUCGCCUACUUCAUCUCAUUGAAGAGUUCUGGGUGCCAUGGCCCUGUCCCCUUAACGCUGCAAUGUAAAACAUUUCCGUGUCUGAGAGCCCUAGAGGUACUUCCCUGUGGACCUAUAGCUUAUUGCAGAGGGACACUAUAGCGUUAGGAAUACAAAACUGGAUUCCUAACGUGCGUUUCUUUUAAAGGGGUGUGUGUGUAUAUGUAUGUGUAUAUCAUUUUAUUUUUGUAGUCGUUCUUAUUAGUCACCACCCCCCCUCUCCCCUUAAAACCUGCAAAGAAAAAAUACCUGGAAUUCAGUGCUGUGCAAAGCUCCUUGCAAUGCUUUCCACACAUUGUUUACGUUAUCCUCAGGAGUUCCAAUAAAAUGCUUCACAUAGAGAAGCAUUUGAUUGGACCAUUUCACCAGCUCAGAGGGCAUGCCCAUAGUAAGUUAAGGAGGGAGUGAGGAUUGGCAUUUAAAAAAAAUAAAUACAUUUUUAAAUGGCAACGUAGGGAGGUGGGGAAGAGAGAAGGGUUCCUCUUAAUGCUGCCUGCAAGGGAGAAGCUCAUUAGGUCUGUCACAAAUGUAUUUUUUUUUUUGCACAGAAUUGUAAUUGCAACUAGUUCACAGCUCAAAAUUGCAAAUAUCUCUGAAUGUACCGCGUAUCAAGCAGAAACACUCCACACACAGAUGUCUACCGCUAUAACUACUUCUAAAAGCAGAAGUCGUCAUGGUGGUUGGGGUAAUUCUCAAUCAUUUAUGCUAUAUUCAAGAUUCCUAACCACACUUUUCAAAUACUGCUGACAUUAACUGAUUAAUGAUCAAGUAAUGUUAAUGGAUCAUUUAAAAGAAAAUGGUGUUAAUGAUUAAUUGCAGUUCUAGAGUUUCAAUCAUUCUAUAUGCCAAUGUCACAUCAUGUACUCACACGCUCUUCCUUUCCAUACCUACCACAGAUCGUUCUGCAUUCCAUGCAUCGGUACAAGCCACGAUUUCACAUUGUUCAGUCGGAUGAUGUAUAUAAUGUCCGAUGGGGCUUGCUGCAGGUGUUCAGCUUUCCGGAGACCGAAUUUACAGCAGUGACUGCGUACCAGAAUGAGAAGGUAACUAACUACUGAAUGUACUAAAUGUGUGAGAUAAACAGGACAAAUAAACGGUUUCACAUUCUAGAUAUUAAACAGUUUUUCUUUCCCAGAUCACAAAACUCAAAAUAGAUCACAAUCCAUUUGCAAAAGGAUUCAGAGAACAAGAGAGAGGACAAAAGAGGUAAGAUUCAAUAUUACAUGAAUCCAUCCUGUAAAAUAAGAUUGAAUCCCUUUACAAAGGGCCCAUACAGGUUGUACAUUACACACUAAAGAGAACUUCAAUAUAAUCGCACCACAUUAGUUGUAAUUCUUCCACUCUUAACCUUCUCUUGAGAGUACUCUAUCUAAUCUCAUUUGCACUAAGGUGAAUUAAAAUGUCUGCCAUGUUUGAGUUUUAUUUAUGGAGAUCUCACAGUUUUUAAUACAACUCACAUUUUUUUUUUCCAAUCAGGGGUGACCAUUCUAAAACCACACCACAAAGUCCAAUCAGGGUGCAGAAGAGAAAGAACUGGGAGGACCACCUUGAGCCUGAGACUGCAGGUAAUUAGAAUCGGCCAUUUGGAAUGAUUCCAGUUUACAAGUUUAAGCGAUUUAAUUUUUUUUAUUUAUUUAUUUAUUUUUAUUUAUUAUUUUUUUAUUAUUAUUAUAUCCUAAACUGUUGUUUCUCCUUAACACUUUAGAUAAUGCUAAAGUUCCAUGUAUGAAGGAGACCAGUCCAGCUACUGAAUUUUAUCAGAACUGGGUUCCAGAGCAAGAGGGGAGUCAUUUCCUAACACCAAGCUCCCCUGAUCUGACUGAUGCUACAAACCAGGAGCAACAAGUGCCCUCUUCAUCUUCCAGCCUUUCAUACAGGUAAUCAUUAGUUCUCGAAGCUUGGAAUGUACUGAAGGCAAGAGUUUCUUUAAAAUUGACCUUCAUUACAAAGGUUAAAAUGGUGAUUACAAUCUUUCUGUGAUUGUGCAAUUGUGCUUUAAUUGUGGCCCUUUAGACAACACAAGAAAUUCUCCAGCAACGUUUCGACCUACUAUGAGGUAUUUUGUCAAGCUUGACAAAGACCUCAUAGCAGGUCGAAAUGUUGCUUCUUUUUUUUUUUCUUUUAAAUUUUAAAACUGCCUACAGCUUGAACACCUUGAGUACCUGGAGAGUUGACUGUGUUGUCUUAUCGUUGUGGGAUUGCUGGUCCUGCUCCGGAGAACCAAGUGGCUGCUGAGAUGGAGUGCGGCUCCCAUUGUAAUAUUUGCAACAUAAUUGUGGACAUUUAGUCACAUUACUGGUUCUUCUAAAACUAGUGUUCCCUUGUUUAAAUUGUAUAGAGUGCUGCAGACAUUUCUGGCUAAUCAUGUACUAUUAUUGUGUCCUUCAGGAGUCAGUACCGAAGAGGCCCUCUCACCCUACCAUUGACUGGUGAUAUGGGUGAGAUCCCGGUUGGUCGACUCAGCCCAGAUGUAGCUACUGUACCAGACUCCGAUUCAUGUCAACAGCCUGUGUUCUCCACAACUCUACCUUCCCAGUAUCGUUCUAGUGUUCUCAAUACAUGCAUGGAUUCUACACGGAAACAGACUAUGCAGGGCCCAAUGCGCAGCCCAUAUGGAGCUGAACAGUGGAUGAUUCCUUCUCAAGGACAGUAUCGACCUGUUGGCUACUCUGGCUAUUCAUCUGACUUCAGCACACAGGGGACAGUAUCCCACCCACAUGGAGGAAUGUCAGAUUGGACUCAAUACCCUUUCCUUCCUUUCACAUGCUGGUACACAGAGUAA